UUUUCUCCUUCUUCCUGCCGCUGCUGUGGCUCGGCGCUGCAGGAAACCCCCACAUAAAAGGGCGGGCACCGAACAGAAUUCAAGUCACUCGCAAAGGAGAAUUCUUCCGGACAGCAUCUCGACUUACUCUUCCCGACGUAAAACAGGAGAGAGCGCCAUGCGGAAGGAGGGGCUCCCGGGCGCGCGUCCUUCGACCCUGGCGCUGGGACUGGUCCUGGCGGCGGCCGCGCUCUCGCUUGCGACACCUGGGGUGGACGCGCAAGCCAGCAGGAGGGCGAGGGAGGUUGGCUCUGAGGUUCCCUUGAGGUUCGCAGGAGGACGAGACGCCUCCCUUCCAAGCGUGGCCGCGAUCUCAGGCAGCCCCCUGAACCAGCCGGUCGCCCUCAACCGCAACAACCCCUUCGCCGCCGCCCCGCCCAUCGUCUUCGGCCCCAAGAUCCGACGUCGGCCCUGGAGGUUCUGGUUCUGACGCUGAAGGAGGUCUUGCUCAAAGUGACAGCACCCGCGUCUUAGAUCGCCCCCAGCCAUCAUCAUUUUUUUUUCUUUACUUGUCUGUUGUCUUUAGAUUAGAUUUAGUUUGUGUAAAGUAGAUAUGCAGAUAAAAAGGAAAGAAAAAAAA